UCAGAUGAGUAGAAACCAGUCUUGUGUUAUGCGUUGGGGUUAAUUCAGACUAAAGCAUUUCUCUCCAAAAACUAGCAGGGAUGGAGAAUAAAAUAUGUAGCUUUUCUUUCACUUCAAAAUCGCAUUUGAGUAAGUGUACUUUUAGUGCACAUAGAUUCUUGAACAAACGUACUCUAAAUGUCAGUAAGUCUUUCAAGACCUGAAACAAACGGACGAUUAUGAAACUACUUCCAGUCUCGCGCGAGCCAACGCACGUGAGUUUGUAAACAAACGAGUGGCGGCCAUCGUCCACAGCUCCGCGACAUGAAGGCCCGCUUCUUCCCUCUGGCGCUGCUCGCCGGUGUGCUGUGGUCGUGUCAAAGCUACACCCUGAGGACCUCGGUGUCCUGGGUCGUCUCCUCAAACGACGUUGUGGAGGACGCCGACCUGUCCGAGGAGGCGGCCCCGGCGCUGUUGGUGGACAACGCCGGCGGGCUGUGGAAGCAGGCGUAUCCGUCCUCCGACGUCCCCGGGGACGGCGCGGUGAGCCCCGGGGAGCGUGUGGAGCCGGAGGACGGGAGUGUGGCGCAGCUUUCAUCGCGCUUGUUUUCGUAUCGGCUGGAAAAGGCCGAGAAGUCCGGCCCUCCCCCGCACCAGGAGACCGCCAGGACGGCCAGAUACAUAGCUCACAACAGUGACUGGGGACACCUGGCCACCAUUUCGACCCAAGACAAGAUCAAAGGUCUCCCUUUUGGCAAUAUCUUCUCAGUCAGUGAUGGGCCUCUAGACAACAGCACAGGAGUCAUCUAUUUCUAUGUGACUCCAAUGGACUACACCGUGUCUGACCUGAAAAGUGACCCCCAUGCUUCACUCACCUUCUCGGAGGCUGAAGGAGAAUUCUGCAGGCAAAUGGUGUAUGACCCGGAAGAUCCAAGAUGUGCUCGACUCACACUAACAGGCAAGAUGGUGGAGGUGGCAUCGGAGGAGCUCGGGUUUGCAAAGCAGGCUAUGUUCUCAAGACAUCCAGUGAUGGCAAAGUGGCCAGUGGGGCACAAGUGGUUCUUUAUGAAGAUGGAGUUAAUCCAGGUUUGGCUGCAGGACUGGAUCGGCGGAGUAUCGCUCAUUCCGCUGGAGGACUACUUUAAAGCAACGCCUUUCUGAGAACACCCCUCCCUCUGCAACAUGCCAGCCUGCACAGAUCGAUUCAGCUGUCUACACCACAGACUCUGAUGGGCAAGAAUUUGUCAACGCAGCCUUUUGCAAAGUAUUUUUGCAUACUUCCAUUUAUUUUAAAGUGUAUUUUCUUCACGGUUGUAUAUUCUUCACGGUAAGAUCUGGUUAGUAGCUGUCAAGGAGCUUUCAAACAAUAAAUGUACUUUUGAAAAUCACAAA